CCCCGCCGCGCAGGCGCACGGAGCCGAGGCCGCGCAGCCAUGGGCGAAGCAGGCGGGACUGAGGAGGCCUGCCGGCACUUGGGAGCUAAAGACGAAUUCGUCAAAGUCAGAAAGAAGGACCUGGAACGGCUGACAACGGAAGUAAUGCAAAUCCGGGACUUCUUGCCCAGAAUACUAAAUGGGGAAGUGCUGGAAAGCUUCCAGAAGCUAAAGAUUGUAGAAAAAAACCUGGAAAGGAAAGAGCAAGUAUUAGAGCACCUGAGAAUGGACUGUGAGCACUUUAAAGCGCGCCUAGAGGCUGUGCAGGCUGACGGCACGAGGGAGAAGAAGGAGAAGCUCGCUCUCCGACAGCAGCUGAACGAAGCCAAGCAGCAGCUCCUGCAGCAGGCGGAGUACUGCACGGCCAUGGGCGCGGUGGCCUGCACGCUCCUGUGGGGCGUCUCCGGCAGCGAGGACGUGGUCAAGGCCAUCCUCGGCGGGGAUAAAGCUUUGAAGUUUUUCAACAUCACUGGUCAAACAAUGGAGAGUUUUGUGAAGUCACUUGAUGGGGAUGUCAAGGAGCUUGAUUCUGAUGAAAAUCAGUUUGUGUUUGCUCUGGCCGGGAUCGUAACAAAUGUUGCUGCCAUAGCCUGUGGUCGAGAAUUCUUGGUUAAUUCAAGUCGGGUGCUGUUGGACACCAUUCUGCAGCUUCUGGGAGACCUCAAGCCGGGACAGUGCACCAAACUCAAAGUACCCCGACGCAGAGGUGUGUCUUCAUGCGCUGCGGCUCGUCCAGUCUGUGGUCCUGGAGCCGGAAGUCUUCUCCAAGGCCGCCUCCGAGUUCCAGAGCUCCCUGCCCCUGCAGCGCAUCCUGGCCAUGGCCAAGAGCCGCAACCCCCGCCUGCAGGCCGCGGCCCAGGAGCUCCUGGAGGACCUCCGCACCCUGGAGCGCCAUGCGUAGGGGCGGGCGUGUGCCCCUCCCCCUCCCCCGGGCCCCCGCUUUGUAUUCCAGAACCAUCGCCGUGUGCCGUGUGCCCUGGACGGGAGAGCGGGAGUGACUCGAGGGGAGCCUGAACGCACGUGUACCCGCACACCCUCCUCCUGGAAGCUGAGGCUCCUGUGGGUGACGGGGGACCUUGCCAGGGGCAGCCUGUGGAGCAGCCCAUCCUUCCGGAAAGGCCCAUGUCCUGUGCCUAGAAGAGGGCCGCCUCAGGAGACUCUCUGAGACCUGUGGCCCCGUACAAAGCGGGGUGAGCUGCCCCACUGGCCGCGUCUUGCUGAGCUACACGGUCAGAAGACGACCCACCCUCCCUCCAGUGGUUACAGCUAAUACCCGGAGGCGCACGUUUGCCUGUAGGCCUUUUGAUGAACCUGCUAUUUCAGGUGACAUUGGACAUUUUAGUUCUAUUUUUUUGUGCUGUUUUAUUUUUGAAUAAAGAAAGAGUCAUUGACGUGCA